AUGGCUCAGUUAUUACUAGAUGUUUUGCAAAAAACAAUCUCUCAAAAUCAGGAAGAUCAGAAGAGGGCGUUGGAGUUUCUGAACGAGGCAUCCACACGAGAUUUCACAACUUUCGUAAAAGAACUGAGUAUAAUUCUGCGAACAGAAGAGUGUCAACCGUUUGCACGUCAAGCUGCUGGAUUGCAAUUGAAAAAUGUACUGUAUGCUAAAGAUGAGGAAACACGAGCGCAGCAUCUUAACAGGUGGCUAACGCUACCACCUGAUGUACGGGCUCAUGUCAAGUUGCUCGUUGUUCAAACACUCGGCACGGAACCGUUCCGUCCUUCAAUUGCAGCCCAAUGUGUUGCUGCCAUCGCCUGUGCUGAACUACCUUCAGGACAUUGGCCUGAUGUCAUUGAUGCGCUGCGGAGUAGCGUAACAAAUCCAGCAAGUUCGGCAUCACUGAAGGAGUCGUCUCUCGAGACUCUUGGCUAUAUUUGCCAAGAUAUUGAUGCAUCAGUACUUGAACAACAGUCGAAUUCGAUUCUUACUGCUAUAGUACACGGUAUGCGGAAAGAGGAGCCGUCUACGCAUGUCCGACUAGCUGCUACAAACGCAUUGCUAAAUUCUCUUGAAUUCACCAAGAAGAAUUUCGGAAUGGAGGCGGAACGGCAUAUCAUCAUGCAGGUUGUCUGCGAGGCAACCCAGUGUACCGAAACUCUUGUAAAAGUGGCUGCCCUUCAGUGUUUAGUGCGAAUAAUGUCGUUAUACUACCAGUACAUGGAGCAGUAUAUGGGAUCAGCUUUGUUUGCUAUUUCUCUUCAAGCUAUAAAUUCGCAAGUACCUGAAGUAGCACUGCAAGGGAUUGAGUUCUGGUCUAACGUUUGUGAAGAGGAAAUCACUUUGAAUUUGGAAGCAGAAGAGGCUGCUGAAAAUAAUCGUGUACCGGAGCAAGUUUCUCGACACUACGCUAAAGGAGCCGUUUCUCACAUUUGUCCAUUAAUGCUUGAGAUUCUCACACAUCAGGAAGAGGGAGAUGAUGAUGAUGACUGGACACCGUCAAAAGCAGCUGGUGUGUGUAUUAUGUUGAUGGCACAAUGCGUCGGUGAUACAAUUCUUGAUUCUGUAAUACCGUUCCUUAAGCACUUUAGCAACACAAAUUGGAAAUAUAAGGAAGCUGCAAUCAUGGCUUUUGGAAGUAUCUUGGAUGGUCCGGAUCCGGGUAAAUUGAUGACUCUGGUUGAACAAGCAAUGCCAGCUCUUAUUGAUAGCAUGGCGGAGAAAAAUGUGACUAUUCGUGAUACUGCGGCUUGGACCAUUGGUCGUGUGCUUGAAAUUUGUCCGGAAGUGGUGAAUAAAGAUGGGAUGUUAGCUCGCUUACUCCCAGCACUCAGUCAAGGUCUCCAUCAAGAACCACGUGUAGCGGCUAAUGUUUGCUGGGCUUUGGUUGCACUUGUUAAAUCGGCUUAUGAUAUGGCGUGUGGCCAAGGCACGGAUAGUUCUGGGCAGCCUGAAACCUAUUCUCUCUCUCCAUGUUUCGAGCCCAUGAUUAGCGAGUUGAUCAAAACAACGGAUAGAACCGAUGGCAAUCAAUCAAAUCUUCGUCUCGCAGCUUUUGAGACUCUUAUGGAGCUGAUAAAAAAUUCACCGAAGGAUUGCUACCCUGUUGUCCAGAGUACAACUGUUUUGAUGUUGAAAAAAUUAGAGCAGUUGUUAAACAUGGAAGCAACUACAACAUCUAGUUCGGAUAAGAAUCAGCUCAUGGAUCUUCAAUCGUUGUUGUGCGCGACGUUGCAAUCAGUUCUGCGCAAAAUGAGACCUGAGGAUGCGGUUCGAAUUGGCGAACACGUAAUGGUCGGCCUUGUGCAGAUCAUGAACCGCACCUGUAAUAACAAAGGCGGUGGAAACGUCAUGGAAGAAGCCUUAUUGGCAGUUUCUGUUUUGGCUGAAACAUUAAAUAAUGGUUUUAUUGCUUACGUAGAUGCACUGAAGCCUCAUCUAAUGCGAGCUCUGGCUAAUCAUGAAGAGCCACAGGUAUGUGCUGCUGCUGUUGGGCUAGUAACUGACAUGUGCCGUGCUAUAGAAGUGAACAUUGCUCCUGCUCUUGAUGAUAUUAUGCAUACUCUUGUCCAAGGCUUGCAGAGCCCUCGACUGGACAAGGACGUAAAAGUAACUAUACUUGGUUGUUUUGGCGACAUUGCACUCGCCAUUGGUGAACAUUUUGAGCGUUACGUUCAUAUUGUGAUGUCGAUGCUUAGCGAAGCCUCAUCUGCUGCUGUCGUAACUAACCCGGUUGGUUUUCUUACCAUACCAAGUUGCAUUUUUUCUUUUCAAGACUACGAUCAGGUGGACUACGUAGAUAAGUUAAGAGAAAAUUGCAUCACAGCAUACACGGGAAUCCUUCAAGGAAUGCGACCCGCCGGGUCUGAUAACGAUCCUGAGAAGAAAAACCAAGCAAAACAAUCGUUGAGUCGUUUUGUUCAACCAAUGUGCGAAAUGAUUGCCAAAUGUUGUGAGACUCACCCUGUUCCUCCAUCUGACGGUCUCAUUGCCAAUGUAGCUGGUCUAAUUGGAGAUCUUGUUGUGCUUUAUGGAAAUGAAAUUACUCCGACGCUUUCCAAUGAUAAGGUGACUGCACUUCUUGGUCGUGGUCGGAAAAGUCGUGCAUCGAAAACAAAGUCGGUGGCCGUAUGGGCAACGAAGGAAAUGCGAAAGGCUACAGCUGUUCGAAUUCCUGCGUCAUGA